UUUCUUGUCUUUAUGUAAAGGAGUAGUUUUGUUUUUUUUUUUUUUUUUCGUUGUGAAUCAGUGUUCUUAAUUGAUUGUCAAAAUUUAAUGUUCCAUCAGUCGGAAACAAUAAAUCGGUUGUGCUCACGACAAUUACAGAAAUAUCUAUGAUAAUGAAUAAUAGUAAAAUUAUUUGACCCAUAAAAUUGACUCCGAGGUCUUUGGAUCAUACUCUUUUGAUUGUUUUUUUCAAUCGGGAUGCAUUGCCUCGGAGCUAUUACGGAUCAGUCCUGUGGCAAGCUGAAUAUUAGCCCUGGUGGUAAUCGUGGGAACGUGUUGAGUGUGGUCCGAGCACUCGGAAUUUUAGUCUGUGAGGGAAGAAUUCAAAGUUCUCCGCGAGGUUAUCAAGAGGGUCCGCACUGUUGUGUACCUUUACAGUCAGCCCUUAAUCAUCAUGUGUGUGAGAAAGAUAAUUAUUUGUGCAAUAGGUAUCUUGUUCUAAUCAAAGAGAUAGCAGAUAGAGUUGAAAUUGGUGCAAAUUUGUGCAUUGAAGUUUUUAUGUGUAGCAAUUGUCCAUGUGGAUUAGCAACAUCAACUUGUAAAAAUCCAGCCUCUCCAAUACUGUCCUCAUUAAUCUCACAAUGGCCGCAUUCGUGCGAAAUUCUUCUCGAGUAUUGGCGUAUUGGAGUUCUCCCCACCAAGAGCUCAGAAAUGAUGAAUCCGCUAGCUUUAUAUCAAGCUGUCCGAUCUCGUUUGCACUUUAGUCAAGUAGCAGCUUGGUGGUCACGUAGCAAUGGUACUAAACCAGCCUACGUUGCGACAAGAAUUAUACCAUAUAAUAUAGACAAUCUCAGAAAUUUUCGGGAGACGCCAAUAGAACAUACGUUUCCUUUAGCGGCAAUUGGUGAUGGUAAUUCUGUAACUGUUACUGUUUGGGCUUUGCCACGAAUGAAAGAUGUACCCACGCUUGUUUGUCCCGUUCACCUGGGAAAAGGUGUUCAGGAAGAAGAAUGUACUGCCAGAGCACUUACACCAACAAAAAAUGUUGUCUCAUCUCGCCCAGAUAUUAAUCUUCUACCACCAUCACUUGUUGAUGAUAGACUACAAACAUCAUGUGAUAAAUCCGGAAAGCAUCAUUGUAGUUGCGAAGAUGAAGACGGAUGUCCACCUUCACCGUGUUUUAAACCAAAUGGCGAAAGAAAACGUCGUAGAUCCUUACCAUGUGGUCCGCCUGAUGCUGGUUCAUGUUCUACACUCAAUAAUGUUCCACUAAUGUCCGUUAUUGAAACAAAUUUGUCUAAUAAAUCCAAAGAUGCUGGGAUAAGUUUUAUGGAUAAAGAACAAUCUCCUGACGUAGGAAGAUUCAGUAAUCAAACCUGUGCAAGUACUGAUACACUUGAACGUAGCUUUAGGAUGCAAGUUAAUCUUACUCUUAAAACGCCAGAAUAUAAUGAUGAAAAACGAUAUAAACCAUCAUCAGAACUUUUAGCCGCUGAAAUGCAAUCAUAUGUCAACAAUACUGCUGAAACUGACUCUAAUAAAUUUAAAUCUUUUGUGCCUUUUGUUGAGUCAAAAGACUUACGAAUGUCUGACACGUUUAAUUGUAAUGAAAAACAAUCAUAUAGUUUACAAGAACAAAACAAUUUUCUAUCAUCUGCAUCAAGUAAAACUAAUACUGUUAUAAAUCCUUUUGUGGAAAAUUUUCCAUUUUAUGAAUCAAAUUUUGAUCCAUCUGCGGUUUUUAGUUCAAUACUUCGUAAUAAUAAUAAUAAUAAUAAUAAUAAUAAUAAUAAUAAUAAUAAUAAUAAUAAUAAUAAUAAUAAUAAUAAUAAUAAUAAUUAUAAUGAUAAUAAUGAUAAUAAUAAUAAUAAUAAUAAUAAUAAUAAUAAUAAUAAUAAUAAUAAUAAUAAUAAUAAUAAUAAUAAUAAUAAUAAUAAUAAUAAUAAUAAUAAUAAUAAUAAUAAUAAUAAUAAUAAUAAUAAUAAUAAUAAUAAUAAUAAUAAUAAUAAUACUAAUAAUAACAAUAGUAAUAACAAUAACGUUAAUAAUAAUAAUAUUAGUAGUAAUAAUAGCAAUUCUAUAACUGACAAUUCAUCAAAUGAAAAAAAAUUCAAUAAUUUAAAAAAAAAAAUUAAAAAGAGUUCAAUAAACUGUACUAAUGGUAAUAAAGAUUUAAGUCAUUUAAUGUCCAGAUUAACAUUUCCGAAAGAAACUGUUACUAAAGUGCGAAAAGAUGAAAUUGGAAUUCUUGAUUGGAUAAGUAAAGUGCCUGGUAAAGUACUUAGUGGUGCAUCAAAUAGUAGCAAUAUAGUUGAAGAUGUAAACAAGUCUAUAACAAAUGGUUUUAGAGAUGAAAAUCAAGAACAAAAGCAGUUACGUGAUUUCAAUGCGGUCAAGUUCAAUAAUUGUAAUUUAGAGUUAAGCCAGCGUGAGUUUGAUGAAGUUCUGGCAGUUCUUAGAGCAAUAACACCGACUAAUCGACGACGUACAUCAGUCAAAACGCUCAGAAAACGUGAACGUGUUGAUAAAAUAAUAGAGUGUAAUAUUUUAGAAAAAACACCAAUUAAAAAUGUACCUUCAUCAAGUUGUAUGAGUUCUACUCAUCGUGAAAUUUCGCAAUCUACAAAUUUAUUAGAAAACUGUAUUUCACAAUCGUAUUCAAAUACAUCUAUAAUCGAUAAUUCUCAAAAAUCUAAUAAAGCGGAUGUAUUACUUGGAGCAAUCUUACGCACUAGCCAUGAUCGUAAGGGAUUAAUAGAUAUAUCUAAUGGCACAAGAUCUACUAUUUUGUCAAAUGAUACAAGUGAUGAUAUAUAUUGUAAUAUACAAUCUACACUGACAGGUGAAGAUCUCGAUUCGUUAGAUAUACCAUUUGAAAACGAUAAAUUUUUACCAUCAAUACUGACCAAGAGGCUUAAUCGCUUCAAACUAUUUUUUAAAAAAGAACAAGAAAGAAAAGAUACAUUAGCAAAGGAUCUAUUAAAUCCUAAGAAUAAUUUCGUAAGUUUGCCAUCUGAUCAUGAUAGACGAAAAAUUAAUUUUAUUAGUGCAAAUAGGGUAAAAAGAAAAAUUGACUUUACUAAUUAUCCUGUGAGUGUUAGCAAAACAGAAUCUUCAUGUGAAGAACUUUUGAAUGAAAUAACAAGUAAAAAACAAGAACAUGGAGAUUUUCGUAAAGUUGAUUCGAAAGUAGAAGAUUUAUAUGGCCACAAAAUUCUGAUUAAGAAUAGCUCACAGACUUCCGUUAAUCACAGUAAUGAAGAUUAUGAUGAUAAUUGCUUUACAAUCAAUGAAGACAAAGUCAGUGAAGGUUGUCAACUAUAUCAAAAUUGUUAUGAAGUAUCUCGUAAUAGCGUUGAAAAUGAAAUUCAUGACAAAAAUGUUCCUUCAACAAUGGAACAAGUACGUUUCAGAAGAUCUUUGGAAAAUGCUGCUUCAAUGGUAUUUCAUUGUAGAACCGGCUUACCACUUACGUCCAGCCCAGCUCCACUCAGAAGAGGCAGUUGUUUUGAUUAUGAUAGUACUCUCAAUUCUGUAUCAUCAAAACGAAGUGCUCUUUUUGCAUUAAAAACAUCACCAAGUCCGGGAGCGGUAUCAUUAGAAGGAACUGAUCGUGAAGUUGAGAAUUUUUCUGAAUGUGAUAAAGCUCCAAAGCGGUCAUCUUUCCGCAGCCGACCUCAAAGUCAUUCUCUACUUGGUAAUUUCGAAGAAUCCGCAUUAAAUGGAAGAUUAGAACCGGUUUCAACUGUUCAUGGAUUUACUGCGGAAAUUGGAGCGAGUGGUGUUUUCUGUCCAAAACAUCGUAAACUUCCGGUGACAGUAUUUUUUUAUACACUCGGUGACAAUGAUAAAGUUUCAACUCCUUAUCUUGCUCACAUUAAUUUAGGGAAAAAGGGUUAUCAAGUACCAAGAAAUGGUACAAUCCAAGUAACUCUUUUAAAUCCUUUGGGCACAGUCGUCAAAAUGUUUGUUAUAUUAUAUGAUUUAUCAGAUAUGCCACCUCGAUCUCAUACGUUUUUACGUCAACGAACAUUGCGGGAUAAAACUCUACGUUACCUUAUACAUUUGAGAUUCAUGUCAAGUAAAUCUGGUCGCAUAUAUCUUCAUACAGAUAUAAGAAUAAUUAUUUGUCAUAAGUCUGAUGUUGAUACGGCAUCUGAUUUCGGUUCAGAACCACCGAAAGAGCUCAGAAGUUUUAUACACGGUCCAACAAAUCCAAAAUUUUCACCAAGAUGCUGAGCUUCGUGGUUAUUUUCGUGGGUUUGUUUCCAACCAUUCCACUUAUCUUGUCCUCCCGUCAGUGUAGAAGUUUAAUUGGUUAUUAUACAAAAUUUCAUGAAUAAUUCAAACGUUGAUGAAGUUUGAAUAAUUUUUACCAACAAGAUUAAAUGUUUAUUUUCCUUUGAGUUGUUUAAAAUAGCUCAAUUGGCAUUCUAAAUUGAAUUAAUCAUUAUAGCAAUUCUUUUUAAUCAGACAAUAUCUUAUUUUAUUUGUUAAUUUUUUGAUGAUUAAAAUAAAUGUCAUCAACUUUCCGUAAGUAUAAGUGUAUACAAAAAUAUUAGGAGGGAUAAGUAUGUAGUGGAAUUAUAUUGCUGAAGAUAGCAUUCCGCGAUAAAAAAAAAAAAAGCUAUUGAAAAAAUAUAAGUGAUAAAUGAAAGGGAAUUUGGAAAAGAUUGACAUCACAUUUAAGAAAA